CUGGCAGUGUCCCACCUGCUGACUUCAUAUACACUCAGGACACCCAGCCAGACAUGCGUACCUCCUCCCAGUCACAGGGAGAGUCUGAUGAUGAUGAGAUUAUACCAGAUACUCAGAUGUCUGUCCAGCAAGAUGAUGGACACCCUUCUGCUCAGGACACUGACCAAACAGGAGGUCUGUCCACAGUAGUGGACAACAGUGAUGGGGAGAGGUCAGCAGACCAGGCUAUGGAGGUUCUGUCAGACGAUGACAUGUUUGUGGACAGGGCAGCAGGGAUGGAACCUGAAGACCAUUAUGUGGAAGCAGAGGAAGAUGAUAUGGUGGAAGUACAGGAAGACAAUAAGGAAGAGGACAAUGACUUGUCUGAAGAAGAGAAUAAUGCACCUCGAGAUGAAGUCAUGGUUCCAUAUGGUGUGGAGCAUGCAAGGUCACCACAGAAGUUACCAGCCCGGCAGCAGGUGAGACCUGUACAGCAAAAACGCAGGAAGACACCAGCAUCCAACAACUCUCUACCACGUGCCUACACCAAGAGUAUUUUUACCAACUUCUGUAAACGUCCCGUGUCCAAGGAUGCCUUGGAAGAAGUGGAAAAGGGCUGUGAGAAGUUCUUCCACAACCUGUCUACAGACCUGAUGCUGUAUGCCAUCCAUGGACACAGGCAGACCAUUCAGGAGGCUGAUGUAGAACUACUCAUGAGGAGGCAAGGCUUUGUGACAGAGAAGCAGUCACUGAAUUCCCUCAUCGAGAAAUACCUUCCCUUAGAGGACAGGGAGCAACUCAUCCCCAUGGCCACCAGUGGUAACAAAGUCAUCCCUCACAGCAAAGGAAAGAAGUAGACUUAAACUGUGUUUCAAACAGCACAGGCACUUCUUUCUCGGACAAUAGAAAUUGUAUUUGUAUAUACUGGGUGAUGCAGGCUUUUUACAAUGCAUCUAAAGUUUAACCAACAUUGUGGUACGUCGAUGAACGUUAGACAUCCGGGUAAUAAGAUACCCCAAAAAGCAGUUACUCAAGUAACUGGAUAUGAACGGUCUUACCUUAAGUUUGUAGCUUUUGGAAUAUUGAAAAUUUGUCUUCCUCCCUUAUUUGCAUAUUAAUUCAGUUAGGAUAAACCUCUUCUUCAACUAGAUAUCAUUUCAGUGAUAGGAUAUAAAAACCCUCUCCAACAAGAUUUCUCCAUUAGUAGUAGUAGUCCACUGUGUUCUGCCGAUGCAGUGGUCUGGACACUCUGCAUCAGCAAACAACGGAUGUUGUUUGAAACGUCUGACCAUCUCCAAAAUCAUAUCCAGUUGCUUAAGUGAG